ACAUGCACUUCCAUUUUCUUAGUUUGGUCUUUAGUUUUAUUCAUAUGAAGUGAAACUUCUGUAUUGAUUUGGUGGAGGGUGAAGACAUGUACAUGGUAAAUACUUGUCUCUCCUAAGAGGCACAAGUAUUCUAUAAAGAUAGCAGUGAGGUUCUAACUUCUGAAAUCUAACUGAAAAAAGUGAUGGCUUCUUCCCUUAUCCUCCUUACUAUCACCUUUACAUUCAUCAUCCUGUCAUCCCCUGUCACCAAUUGUGCCACAUCUGCCAAAACUGCAACUCAUCCAAUUCCGCCUUUCAAGUCCAUUUAUGCAUUUGGAGAUUCCUACACUGACACUGGCAACACCAACUCAACCACUGGUCCAAAUGCAUACCUCUAUGCGUCACGCUCUCCUUAUGGCCAAACUUUCUUCCACCAUCCCACAAACAGAUACUCUGAUGGAAGGUUGGUGAUUGACUUUUUAGCUCAACAACUUUCUUUGCCUUUCUUGCCACCUUAUCUAAGUAAAACAGCAGACAAAUCUCAUGGUGUUAAUUUUGCUGUUGCUGGCUCUACUGCAAUAAUCUAUAGUUUCUUUGUGAAGAACAAUCUCACACUUAACCGUACCCCUCAGUCACUUCAAACUCAGCUUGUUUGGUUUAACGAAUUUUUGGAAACCAAAGGGUGUAAAAAUUCAAUAACAACACCUAAAGAGUGCAAAGCUGUUUUUGAUAAUGCCUUGAUUUGGCUUGGUGAAAUUGGUGCAAAUGAUUAUGCAUAUACUCUUGGAUCUUCUGUCUCAGGCACAACAAUUCAGAAGCUAGCCAUUGGUAGUGUGACUCGUUUCUUAGAGGCCAUUCUGAACAAGGGAGUGAAGUAUCUUGUUGUUCAAGGGCUGCCACCAACAGGGUGCCUAACACUAACCAUGUAUCUGGCUGCUGAGAAUGAUAGGGACACUUUAGGCUGUGUGGCAAGUUCAAACAAACAAAGCUAUGCUCACAACACCAUUCUUCAAGCCAAGUUAAAUGAUUUCAGGAAAAAGUUCCCAAAUGCUGUGAUAGUGUAUGCAGAUUACUGGAAUGCAUAUGCUUCAGUGGUAAAGAAUCCCGAGAAAUACGGCAUCAAAGAACUUUUCAAAGCCUGCUGUGGAUCUAAAUCUGGUUUGUACAAUUUUGAUCUGUUUAACACUUGUGGUUCACCCUUGGCUACUUCCUGCUCCAACCCUUCUCAGUACAUCAACUGGGAUGGUGUUCACCUCACUGAAGGCAUGUAUAAAGCUGUUGCUGAAUUAUUACUUGAAGGAAAAUUUUCGAAUCCUCCAUUUGAGUAUUUGCUGAGCAGCAAAAGAAGAUCCGGAUGAAUGUGGAAUACUAGUAUUGGCAUCAGCUUUUGUGAGUUGUACUGAAUUUCACACGGAUGUCUCAUAUGAUCAGCAGCUUUGAGUUACAUGCAUUGAAAAACCGCUCCCAAAAGUCAGUUUGUUGUAGUAAGAGUUAUAAUUCAUGUAUUUCAUCCCUUUUUUCUUUUAUGGCACCAGGGCGAUAAACCAACCGAGGCCUUAAUGAACUCAAUUCAAGUUCGAUUUUUUAACCAA